AUGUCAAAGCCGCUUCGCUGGGGAAUCAUCUCGACCGGCGGAAUCGCUACAAACUUCGCCAAGGACCUCCUCACUGACCCCGCCAAUCGCUCGGCAUCUGAUGUCAGCCAUGUCAUCAAAGCCAUCGGGUCGCGCUCGGUCCCGUCUGCGCAAAAGUUCCUGGACAUGCUGAGCUCGGCGGACGCGCCGGCGGACUGGGGAGGGAAAAAUGGGAGUCUGGAUGGGUGCAAGGCUCAUGGGAGCUACGAGGAGGUGUAUGCUGAUCCUAACGUGGAUGUGGUGUACAUCGGCACACCCCACACUCUCCACCACCGCAACACCAAAGACGCCCUUCUAGCUGGCAAGCACGUCCUGUGCGAGAAGCCAUUCACGCUCAACAUGGAGGAGCUAGACGAGCUGAUCGCUAUCGCCAAAGAGAAGAAGCUGUUCUUGAUGGAAGCUGUAUGGACCCGCUUCCACCCGAUCAUGUACGCCAUCCAGGAUGUCCUCUUCUCGGGCAAGCUGGGGAAGAUCAAACGAUUCCAAGCGGACUUCAGCAUGAACUUCAACGCGGACAAGCAACCUGAUAGUCACCGUAUGGUCGACCCCGCUCUCGGCGGAGGAUCUCUCCUCGACAUGGGACCCUAUCCCUCAGUAUGGGCGAUGAUGACCCUCUUCAACCACCCCAGCAACAACAAGACCCCUCCUAACGUCCUUUUCACCCAUCAAACCAUCUACAAGCGGUCCAACGUCGAUCUCAACUCGCGCUGGUUGCUCGAGUUCCCGGGGCUGGGCGGGGUCCAGGCGCUGUUGACGACGGAUAUGGCGACUUUGGGGUGUGGCGAGAUGACUGCUUUGAUUGACUGCGAGGAGGCGUCUCUGGCUAUCGCUUGGGGACCCUUCAAGCCCGAGAAAUUCUGGAUCAUCCCCCACAUCGCCCGCAAAUCCGGCAGCAUCACCGAAAAGACGGAACAUUCUCACCCGGUCGUUGGGAACUCGGGAAUGGCGUAUGAGGCAGACGAGGUGUUUAGGUGUCUUGCCAAGGGAAAGCUGGAGUCGGAGAGGAUGCCGUGGGAUGAGAGUAAGAUUGUGCAGGGCUGGUUCGAUCAGGUCAGGAAGGAGGGGACCUCGGCUUUGAAGGAUAUGAAGGGGACGGAGGGGCAAUAG